AUGGCGGGCGGCGCGGGCUGGGCGGGCGCCCCCGCGGCUCUGCUGCGCUCCGUGCGCCGCCUGCGCGAGGUGUUCGAGGUGUGCGGCCGCGACCCCGACGGCUUCCUGCGCGUGGAGCGCGUCGCGGCGCUGGGGCUGCGCUUCGGCCAGGGCGAGGAGGUGGAAAAACUUGUAAAAUAUUUGGAUCCCAACGACCUUGGGAGAAUCAACUUCAAAGACUUUUGCCGAGGGGUGUUCGCCAUGAAAGGGUGCGAGGAGCUGCUGAAGGAUGUGUUGUCUGUGGAGAGUGCAGGGACGCUGCCCUGCACGCCAGAGAUCCCGGACUGUGUGGAGCAGGGAAGCGAGGUGCCAGGACUUACCUUCGCUGAUGGCGAGCUCCUCCCCAGGGGCCCCGGCUUCUUCCCCGAGGACGAGGAGGAGGCUAUGACACUGGCCCCCGCUGAAGGCCCCCCAGAGUCAGACACGGACAGCCCGAUGGAGAGCACCCAGAGCCUGGAGGGAUCGCUUGCCGAAGAGAAGGAUGGAGGGCUCGGGGGCCUGUUCCUGCCAGAAGACAAGUCCCUGGGCCACGCUCCAUCCAUGACCACGUCAGACCUCUCCACACACUCCACCACCUCGCUUAUCAGCAACGAGGAGCAGUUUGAAGACUAUGGGGAGGGGGACGAUGUGGACUGUGCCCCCAGCAGCCCCUGCCCCGAUGACGAGACCAGGACCAAUGUCUACUCAGACCUGGGAUCUUCAGUGUCUUCCAGUGCGGGGCAGACCCCAAGGAAAAUGCGGCACACCUACAACAGUGAAUUGCUGGAUGUUUACUGCUCUCAGUGUUGCAAGAAAAUCAACCUGCUGAAUGACUUGGAAGCCCGGCUGAAAAACCUGAAGGCCAACAGCCCUAACCGGAAGAUCUCUAGCACAGCCUUCGGACGGCAGCUCAUGCAUAGCAGCAACUUCAGUAGCAGCGAUGGUAGCACCGAGGACCUGUUCCGAGACAGCAUUGACUCUUGUGACAAUGACAUCACCGAGAAGGUGAGCUUCCUGGAAAAAAAGGUGACUGAACUAGAGAAUGACAGCCUGACCAACGGAGACCUGAAAAGCAAACUGAAGCAGGAGAACACGCAGCUGGUGCACAGGGUGCAUGAGCUGGAGGAGAUGGUGAAAGAUCAGGAGACCAUGGCUGAGCAGGCCCUGGAGGAGGAGGCACGACGACACCGUGAAGCCUAUAGCAAGCUGGAGAGAGAGAAGAGCACGGAGAUCGAGCUGCUCAACACCAGAGUGCAGCAGCUAGAGGAGGAAAAUGUGGAGCUCAGAACAACAGUGACCCGGCUCAAGGCACAGACAGAGAAGCUGGAUGAGGAGCGGCAGCGCAUGUCUGACCGGCUGGAGGACACGAGCCUGCGGCUCAAGGAUGAGACGGAUCUAUACAAGCGCGUGAUGGACAAGCUGCGGCAGAACCGCCUUGAGUUCCAGAAGGAGCGGGAGGCGACGCAGGAGCUCAUCGAGGACCUGCGGAAGGAGCUGGAGCACCUGCAGAUGUUCAAGCUGGACUGCGAGCGGCCGGGCAGGGGUCGCAGCUCGUCCUCUGGCCUGGGCGAGUUCAAUACCAGGGCCCGCGAGGUGGAGCUGGAGCAUGAGGUCAAGCGGCUCAAGCAGGAGAAUCAUAAGCUGCGGGAUCAGAAUGAUGACUUGAAUGGACAGAUCUUGAGCCUCAGCCUCUAUGAAGCAAAGAACCUCUUUGCCACCCAGACCAAAGCCCAGUCUCUGGCUGCAGAAAUAGACACAGCCUCUCGCGAUGAGCUCAUGGAAGCCCUAAAGGAACAGGAGGAGAUCAACUUCCGGCUGAGGCAGUACAUGGACAAGAUUAUCCUGGCCAUCCUGGACCACAACCCCUCCAUCCUUGAGAUCAAACACUGAGAUAAGGGCUGGCUGCGGCACGGCCUCAGGGACCCUCAGACCCCCAGACCUGCCUGAGGAUGCGGCCCCAGCCGGGCCUCACACACACACCGGAAAUGUAUCUCUGGCCACCCUGUCCUGUGUGCCGGUGUGUAUGCGGGGAAGCCGUGCACACAGCAAGGGCUGAACGUGGGGCCGUGGCCGUGGAGGACCUCUGUGCGGUCGCUAUCCGUGCAUUCUGUGGUUCCUGCGCAAGGACAGACAGUACUGGUGGUGGGAAGGACAGGGUCUGCUAUCAGGAGCUGCUGUGAUCACGAGAACUGGAAGAUUGUGUUUCAGAUACUGGAUAAAAAUGAUUCUACCUCUGGGGAUAAGGAUUAAAUCACACGCUAGUGAGACAGGCUCUUUCACCCCACCGCUGUUCCCUCUGGGAGUGGGAGCAGAUUGAUGAUUUUUUCUAGGAGCUGGAAUGCCCAACAGCUGCAUCCUCCCCAACCUCUUCGGCCACCUCUGAAGCCUAGGUGCUCAGGCUCUGAAAGGAGGAAGGGGCCCUCCCAGAGCCCCUCCCAGGCUGGCAGCCCCCCGUGAUGCUUGUGCUCUGUGUGUCCAAAGGACUCGGGCCUACAGAGGAGCUGGCGUGGGGCGACCUUCGUUCUAAGGGUUCUUGGCAUUUUGAGAGUUCCCCAUACACUUCCCCAUCCCUACUUCACCUACCUCUUUCUGUUUGAUUUUUAAGACCGUGAAAAAUAAGCAGCACUUCACUUGGGUGUACGAUGAAGGGAUUAAAAGGAAGGAGACAGGCUGGGGGCCAAGGGUGUCUCAAGCAGCACGUAUUGGCAUUGGGCAUCCAAAGACUUGCUUUUCAGGGAGGAGCGUGCUCCCAUCCCUGUUCCGUCUCCUUCCCUCUGGCUGCAUUUUCCCAGGAGCCCGCAGGUACUGGUGGGCUGGGAGUGGGCCCUGCUUUCCAACUCCCGUUCUCCACGUGGCCUGGGGACAGCAGGCCUCAGCCUAGGAUUUUUGGAUUCUGAGCUCUGGGCUUGGCUCAGCUGGAUAGCAAGGUCCCCGCGUUCCAGCACCGUUCAAAAACACUCUUGCAUUCCGAUCUCUGCCAGGAGAGGGGUGCUGGCGAGAGACACAGUUGGGGUCAGACAUUUUAGGGAAACCUUAGUCUUCCAUCCUCCUGACAUGUGCUGGAAAGGCACACUCUGGAUUUUUAAUGUGAUCUUUUGUUCUAGGCAGCUGGGAGUAGAUAUGGUACUUUGAGUUUUACUUUGAGUUUGUCUCAGUUGUAUAUGGCUUGUCGUUCAUUUCUUUAGUCCAAACAUGUAUGAACUACGUGUAGAUAAAUAUGAAUGGUCUUAUAUCUCCCCCCCACCCCCGCUGCAGUUUCGUGUUGUCUUCAGCAACUCUAGUGUAAAAAGGAAGGUUUAGGCAUGUUGGGGAGGGGCAUGGAAGGGUGUGCACAGAGAAGAGAGGACAGGAGAGGGUGAGAAGGGGCUUGGGGUCUUGGGUAUGUAUGUACCCUGUUCACAAAGGUAGGGAUUGGCCAGGACCGAUCUUCGUUCCAUUCCACUCAACCUCUGCUUUUGUUGGCUUGUGUGAUUUCUGCUUAAGCAUAUGUUUGGGAUUUGUUCCAUGCUACAGAUAAUGGGGCUGCCUUGGUCUGAUCCAGGACUUUGGGGCCACCUACCCCAGGAAGACUAGGGCAAGGGAUCAGUCUUCUAAGAGUCUCUCAAGCCCCUAGGAUGCUGGUCCCCUUGGGCUCUUCCAGGGGUCUGAGGAGCAGCAGUAGAAAGAAGGCCAAGAGGAGUGGAUUUCUUGAGAAUAUGCUAAUAGUAGAGAAUGGUACCGAAUUGAAGGGAAAGAAGGACCUAUCAUGACUUGGCUUUGGUCUGGAUUUUACUUUGGAAGGAGUCCUACAGAGGCCAGCCAGAUCAAGGUCCUCAAGGUCCAUGGGGGACUCGCCCCAGGGGUGAACAUUUUAUACAUAAAACUUUAUAUGUCCUUUAGCUGCACUGGUAUGGAAUUCCAGAGAAGGUCCCAGAGGCCUGGGUUACACAGUCCCUAUGUGGGAGGGAGUUUCUGCUUUGUUGCGGAAAAGGUGGGCUGACAAUGUUUUGCUGCCUCCUUCCUGAAGGGGGCACCACAGGACCAGCCUCCCCCAGGAAGCCGGCAUCUGAACCGCCCCAAGGGGACCUGGUGCUGUGCAUGGGAUCUCUGGAAGACCGCCGACUUUAAAAUGAGGCCUGGGUUACAUGGACUUUGUCUCAAGUUAAAUCCAACUUUCUGGAGCCAAAAUCAUCUUCUAAAACCUAGGCUAACUGGCUUUUAAAGUGUCUUUAGCUGCCCUUCCAUGCAGGAAAACAAGCCCCAACGGAGGCACAUGGCCCCAGGGCCCCAGCCCCAUGGCCCCAGCGCCCCAGCCCCAUGGCCCCAGCAGGGGUUCCAGAGCGCCCUAACUGGGGGCAGGUGGGGCCGACCCCUCCCCCCCCCAGUGCUUCCCCCUCCUCUGCAUGUUGUCCACGUGAAAGUUCUGCACUUGCCCCUCGGCCCGGGAGCCGCUGGGUUGGACACACGACGCCCAGCUCCCUGUGCAUUCCGGCAAACGGAAGCCAACUCCCAGUAGAAGUUACGUUCCACGCAAUGCUUGGGACACGCUCAAAAUGGGGAGAUUUUAAAAUUCUGCCACCUGGGCCAAAUCCCCAGAGGUUCUGAUGCCAGUGGUGUGGGGGUGCGGCCCAGGUAUUUGGAAAGGUUAAAGAGCUUCCCAGGUGAUUAUAAUUUAACUGGGUGCCUGGGUAGGGGGGAUGCGCUUUGUGUUUUGUUUUUGCUGAACCUGGCAACUCUACCAAGUAGGGAUUCGUAGUGACUCUUCCGAGGUUUAGGGGGGUUUCGGGGGCACAGGAAGGGGGGUUCUGCAACAGACCCAAUGUCUUACACAGCACUCGGCCAUCCUUACAUCCAACUGGAAGGCAGAGAAAAUUUGCAGAAUCAGUGAGUGAGCUUUGGUCAAGUCAGACAAAUUAUUUUUUGAGUUUUUCCCUUGUCAGAGGGAGAUUGCUUUAUUUUGACUUUAUUUCUGACUUACUGCAAACCUCUUACAGAGCCCAAGAACCUCCCAAAGCACUUGGACCUGAAACAGUGGUUUUCAGCUUGGGCUGUGCAUCGGGAUAACCUGGGGAGGCUUGGGAACUGUGCUGACUGGGCCGAACCGCUGGCUGCCCGGCCCCAAGAUUCCAAUUUAAUCAAUGUGGGGGUAGCCCAGGCAUCCAGAUGUUCAGAGAGCUCCCCGGGUCAUGCUGAUGUGUAGCCCAAGGUUGAGACUGGAAGGUUGCUAGUCAGGGGUAGAGGAAAUGGGUGGAACUGCCUGUCUGAUUUGUAACCGAGGUUCUACCUUAACGGUGGGGUGUCAGUGGCUUUGAAGGGUAGUGAGAAGUGGGUGGAUCCCUCACCCCGGAUGGGAGGCCAGGUGCCUUCAGGAACUGGUGUAUCCAGUUGUUCUCACCAGCCUGGGGGUUAGCCAACCUAAGUGGGCCUAUUCUGGAGCCGGAGUAGAACAGAGUCAAGGGUCAGGGAGGGGUUGUCCCCCUGAAAGCAGCCCCAGAAACAUUUACUUGCACGGCUGAGCAGGAGGGGACACUGGCUUUUUGGGUUUUGUCUCUGACUGGUUUUCAGGCUGGGUGGAUGAGUAUCACCCCCCGCUCCUCCACUGUUAGUAGCCAAACCAGCAUCCCCCUCCAUGUCCUGGAGGCUCCGGGCACUACUCUGCUGGCAAGUCUGGUUCCUGCCCCAGUCGGGUCCUGGUGGUCAGGAGGGCACAGUGUAGGUGUUUUUGUUUCAAUGAGGAACUUAAUAACCAGCAGGGGCCAGUGGGGCCUGGCGGCUCAGGAAGAAAUUAAGCUCACUUUUUGUGCUCUUGGGUAUGUGUGUUCAAUGCAUUAGCAGAUUUAAACCCAAAAGCAGGGUAAGUUUCCUCAGCAGUUUCCAUGCUGAGGAAAGGACUGUUCGGCUGGCAGAUCCAUAGCGACUCUUUUAAAAAGAGCUAAAGAGGGUUUUAGGUUGAGUGUCGGCAUCCUCACUGGUGUUCCCCCUUUGGGACUAGGGCAGCCCUGUUAGGGUGAUGCUUCAGGCUGAUGGAGACAGAUCGGCCUGCUGAGGGACCACGUACCCCCAGAUGACAAGCAAUUUCCUUCCCCCUGCUGACCUUAGGGACCUUCUGGGCCUGCCCUACCCAUACAGCAGAACAGCUCUAAGGCCCUUCUGCCACUCUCUGCUGCCUACAUGAGAAAAUCAGCUGUCCUCUGGAAAGGUUUCUAAAAGUAUAGACCCUGGUGAAGUGUGAUGCUAUAGGAUGUCGGUACCCCUGUCUCAUAGGCUCCUUCUCUGUCUCUGUGGCUGUAAGGGAGUGCUGUCUGCCCCGAGCAGGAGGGUGGCUGAGAAUGGGAUCCCAGGGCCACCCUGUGCAGGAUGUGAGUGCUGUUGCCUGGGGUGGGGACUGGGCUUCCUGCCGGGCCCCUGGGUGGGGGUUGGGGGGACUGCACCUCCUGCCAGGCCCCUCUGCUUUGCUGUGCUGCACAGGCCGUGUUUUGUCCGCAUGGUUUGGGGUCAUUGUCCUUGUGCCUUUUUUCUUCCCUGUCUCCACUGUACAGGAUUCUCCAUGCCCCCCACUGCCCCUUUUCUAUAUCCUCUCGUUCACCCCGGUCCUCUCGGAGCCCCGUGAGUGUGUACAUAGCGUCCCACUUGGUGUCCGCGUGCAUCUAGCAUGCCCUCCUCCAUGCCGAGUGUGCUCCCAGGCCAGGCCUCCCAGCACGUUUAUCCACUUGGAGAGGCUCUGCCUCCCGCUCCUCGCUCAGCCUCGCAGACUUGAUAACUUUGUACAGAACUCUUUUCAUUAUGGUCUUAAGCUUGGAGGGCUCGGACCCACUUAGCCCCUCAUCUAGCCUGCAGCUAGUUUAGAAGCCUUGCACACCAGAAAAGGGUAACUUUUGUGUCAAGCACCUUCUUCCACACACCUCUAACUGUAUUGGGGUCAACAUUUCUAGAAAGCAGAGUGCACCUUCCUAACCAUGGGCCCCCGGGCUGGGCCGUGCAGGGUCUGCAGCAGCGCCCCAGACCCUAGAGCAGUGCGGCUCCCCGCACCUGGCACAGGGCUGCUUCAGGACCACCGCCAUCCGGUGUCUUGAACAGCUUUGGACUCCAGGUGGGAAGAAAGAAGAGGCUGCUUGCAUCCCAUCGUUAACAACUGCCGAGCUCUUCCUCCUCCGCCCAAGGUGCUCAGACCCGAGUGCCAUUAACUCCCGGACUGCUGACUGGCCUGCCCUGGGACCGGCGUUGUUGAGGACUCGCCUCGGCUCCCUUUGUCCCAGCUCUUCCUGCUGUCUUGGCUGGAUCCCCCGGGGCCCAGAUGGGAUAAGCUGUGCGUGUGGCCUCCUGGCCAAGGGUUGGUGGGUUGGUUAGAUGGCUUUGACUCCGUGGGAUUCCACUUGAGUCUUCCCCUAGGAGCCUCCAUCUGGAAGCAGGCUUAACUUUGGGGCUGGGGUGAGCCCUCCACCUCCAGGCUCUAGGGGAUGGAGGGAGGGAGGGGGGAGGCCCAAAGCUGUGUCCCAGGGCCUCCAGCGCUCUGCCUCCUACCUGCUUCUAGCCAAAAAGGAGCAGGCUCUCAGAGGCAGACUCCUUCAGGAACUCUAAUGUACAGACCAAGGUGUAAAUAAACAGUUUGCUUUUCUUGCCUGA